UUAGUUUCACCGCACUCUCUGUGGUUGUGUCGUGAUGCUUGUUAAAUAAAAUCUGUUAGAAAUAUUUCUGAAAGUUUUUGAAUCAGGUCAGUAAAUACCUGUAAUAUUUUCAUCAUUAUAUUCGUGACUGAUUUUUUAAGCGAGCAAGAAUAUCUGGAGGAGUUUAUCAUCUGAACUGAGAUCUGCUGCUGUGAAGAUGGAGUUUGUUAAAGAAGAGAGUGAGGAGGACACGAGUGGACUAGAAACCAGCUCAAUAAAACUCGAGGAAUCAGAAACUUUGAGAAUAAAAAACGAAAUCCCAGAAACCUGGAAAAUAAAAUCAGAGGAGCCAGAAACAUUGAGAAUAAAACAGGAGGAGCAAGGAGAGUUUGAAGAAACUGAGGAGAACGAAGUAUUGAAUGAAGAUGAAGAGAAAAAUCAUGUCAAAACUGGAGAAAAAACUAUGAGUUGGUCUCCAACCAAAAUGAAAGAUUUACAGAAAAGAGGAGCCAAGAAAUCUUUCAACUGCACUCAGUGUGGAAGGAGCUUGACAAGCAAAUAUAGUCUGGAACGUCACAUGAGAAUUCAUACUGGAGAAAAACCUUUCACUUGUGAUCAGUGUGAAAAGAGUUUCACACAAUCAGCACACCUUAAGAAGCACAUGAACAUCCACACUGGAGAGAAACAAUACCCAUGUGAUCAAUGUGAUAAAACAUUUUUGAGCACUUCCGUCCUCAAGGAUCACAUGAAAGGUCAUACAAAGGAGAAGCCUUAUUCAUGUUAUUUGUGUGGAAAAAGUUUUUUACGUUUUUCAGUUUUGAAAGAACAUCAGAAAAUACAUACUAGUAUGAAAGAGUACAUGUGCUUUCAGUGUGAAAAGACUUUUACGUCAGCAAAGUGUUUAAAACUGCAUGAGAGGAUCCACUCUGGAGAAAAACCUAAUAAGUGUUCACACUGUGACGAGAGAUUCAGUGACUCAGCAAAUCUGAAAAAACACGAGAGGAGCCACACUGGAGAGAAACCAUAUCACUGCACUUCAUGUGGGAAGCGUUUCAAUAAUUCAUCUGCUCUUCACAGUCAUACAAAAAGAAAUCACAAGUUGAUAGAAGAAAUUGGGAAGAAUGAAGAAUCGGGUGAAGCUGAGGAAAAAAAUCAUGUGAAAACUGGAGAAAAACUUUUGAGCUCACAAACCAAACUGAAAGAUUUAAAGAAAAGAAUGGCUAAGAAAUCUUUCACCUGCAGUCAGUGUGGAAAGAGUUUCACACGUAAAUCAAAUCUUAAGCAUCACGUGAGAGUUCAUACUGGAGAGAAACCAUUCACUUGUGACCAAUCUGCACACCUUUAUGAACACAUGGACAUCCACACUGCAGAGAACCAGCACGCAUGCGAUCAGUGCGAUAAAAUGUUUUUAUGGGCUUCAGAUCUUCAGAAACAUUUGAAAGUUCAUUCAAAGGAGAAGACAUAUUCAUGUAAUUUGUGUGGUAAGAGUUUUUUGAGUCUACAAAAUUUGAAAGAACAUCAGAAAAUACAUACUGCUGUGGGAGAGUACAUGUGCUUUGAGUGUGAAAAGACUUUUACUUCCACAACUUCUUUAAAACUGCACGAGAAGAUUCACACUGGAGAAAAACCUUAUAAGUGUCCACACUGCAACAAGCGAUUCAGUGAUUCAAGAGACCUAAAAAGACAUGAAAGGAUCCACACUGGAGAGAAACCUUACAAGUGUUUACAAUGUGACAAGAGAUUCAGUCAGUCAGAAAAUCUGAAAAGACACAAUAGGACCCAUACUGGAGUAAAACCUUACGAGUGUUCACAAUGUAACAAGAGAUUCAGUGAAUCAGUGCAUCUGAAAAGACACUGUAGGAUCCACACUAGCGAAAAACCUCAUAAGUGUUCACACUGUGACGAGAGAUUCAAUGAAAUGGGAGACCUAAAAAGACAUGAGAGGAUCCACACUGGGGUGAAACCUUAUAAGUGUUUACAAUGUGACAAGAGGUUCAGUCAGUCAGCAUCUCUGAAAUCACACGAGAGGAUUCACACUGGAGAGAGACCUUAUAAGUGUUCACACUGUGACAAGAGAUUCAGUGUGUCAUCAACUCUGAAAUCACACGAGAGGAUCCACACUGGAGAGAAACCUUACAAGUGUUCACACUGUGACGAGAGAUUCAGACAGUAUACAUCUCUUAAAACACACGAGAGGAUUCACACUGGAGAGAAACCAUAUCAGUGCACUGCAUGUGGGAAGUGUUUCAUUCAAUCAUCUUCUCUAAACAGUCAUAUGAAAAACAAUCACAGCAAGUCUCCGUACAAACAGAGACAUGUUUAGCUAUAUGCGUAAAAAAAAAAGUGUAUCAUAUAGGCCUUUCAUCCAGACAGAUCGGCCAUUUUGGGAGCCUACUUAUUGCUAAUUGUGAAACCUUUUUUUUACACUGGUUCCCAGAGUGGAUACAUCUGAAAAUGACACAUCCAUAUAUUUUGUGAAAUAAAAUGGUCAUCACCCCACAUCUCUACCUCAACAACAAUAACAGGUGGACUACAUGCUUGUUUUCGUGCUGCAGAAGCCUAUUAGCUUUACUGACUUUUAUUGUUUUUGUGUUGGAGCAUGUGCAUAAACUUUGCUGCACGCUGUAUACAAAACCAAGUCAUCAUCAUCUUUUUUAGAGUAUCUCUGGCAGAAUUACAGCACCGCACAUUGUUUGGCAUGAGAACUACAUUUUGAGUCAGUUUUGUGUGUACACAGAUAUUUCUUGAGACAACGCUGUUUUAUGGAAGAAUGAGAAAUAAAAAGAUUGGAUAUGGAAA